GGAUGCUCCAACGGGCACGAUGGCCCCCGCCAUGCAGCUGGCCGAGAUCCAGUUCGCUCAGCGGCUGGCGUCCCACGAGAAGGGCAUCCGGGAUCGGGCGGUGAAGAAGCUGCACCAGUAUAUCGGCGUGAAGACGCAGAGGGAGACGGGAGGUUUCAGCCAAGAAGAACUUCUAAAAAUAUGGAAAGGGCUCUGCUAUUGCAUGUGGGUGCAGGAUGAACCCCUGCUACAGGAGGAGCUAGCGAGCACUCUUUCCCACCUCAUCCAUGUUGUUAACAACUCAGAGGCCCAGCACCUGUUCAUCCAGACCUUCUGGCAAACCGUGAACCGGGAGUGGCCAGACAUCAACGGGCUGCGCCUGGACAAGUAUCACAUGCUGAUCCGUCUGGUCCUGAGGCAGUCCUUUGAAGUUCUGAAGCGAAACGGCUGGGAAGAAAGCCGAAUCAAGCUCUUCCUGGACGUCUUGAUGAAGGAGAUCCUACAUCCUGAGAGUCAGUCUCCGAACGCAGUGAAAUUCCACUUCAUUGAUAUUUAUCUGGAUGAACUGUCCAAGGUGGGAGGGAGAGAGCUGCUGGCCGAUCAGAACCUCAAGUUUAUUGACCCAUUCUGCAAGGUGGCCGCCAAGACUAAGGACCAGACUCUGGUACAGACUAUAGCUAGGGGUGUUUUUGAAGUCAUUGUAGAUCAGUCUCCUUUUGCACCUGAAGAGACGGUCGAGGAACAGAAAACCAGAGUGGGUGACAGUGACCUCUCUGAGGAAGAGACAUCUGGAAAUGAGAUGACAUGGAGAAAAGCAAUCAGUAGAAAGAAAACAGCACUGGGCAGAUAUCACUCCAGAAAAGAGGGAGUCGGUGAGGAAGGCAGACGGGACGGCAGAGGAAGCGUGGAGGACACCGGGCUGCUUUUCCAGUUUGACUCCAAGGCAGUUGCUGACCGACUCCUGGAAAUAACCAACAGGAAGAACAUCCCUCCCUUCAACAGGAAACGUCUCUCCAAGCUAAUCAAAAAAUUCCAAGAUCUUUCUGAAGGCAGUAUCUCUCACCUCAGUUUUGCUGAGGACACUUCUGCUGACGAAGAUGACCAAACCCUCAGUCAAGGGAGGCAUAAGAAGAAAGGGAACAAACUUCUGGAGAAAACAGACAUGGAAAGAGGGAAAGGAACCAAGUUCUCUCCUGCUGAGAAAGAGGAGAGUGCAGGCAGUAUUCCAAAGAGAAAAAGGAAAAAGAAGAAGAACCGCCUCUGGCCUGAACACUUACGGCCCAGUGGUGAGGCCAUGUGCCCGGAGCAGAAUGGCAGCCGGCAGCCUGAGUCCGGUCCCGGAAGAGCCCAGGAGGCGAGUGCGGCUGAGCUGGGGACGGUGGCCACAUCCUGCCCCCGGGAGCAGAGUGGCUUGGAGCACGCCUCCGUGCACAGCAGGAGGAAACGACUGAGGAGGAGGAGCCUGAGGGUCCAGGUGGAGAGCCUGGAGGGAGCGGUCCCGGCUGGUGGCGCCCCAGUCCUGAAGAGGAAGCGGGAGCUCGGGGCCCUCCUGGUCAACGGCAGCGGCCCGCCCACGCUGGCCUGGCCCCUGCCCCAGAGGGAGGGCCCUCCAGCGAGCCCAGCAGACGGAGGGGACUGCCCUGCCAUCCUGCCCCAGGGCGGGAAAGUGAAGAAAAGGAGCGGGGAGUCCGGCGGCCUUGACCUCUACCACCUGUCUGCUCAGAAAGCUGCCAUUUUGAAAAAGAGGAAGAAAAUGAAAGAGAUGUCAAAGUUGGCGGAGCACAGAGGGGUCAAGCUCGUCCAGGCUCUGGGGAGCAGUGGGGCGCUCAGCCCUUUGAAGAAGCAGCUGAGGACCCAGAAGGACUUCGUGAAGUUUGACGCCUCGUCCUCCCCGAAGCCCCUGUUCUUCAGGAAGGCCAAAGGCAGCGGGGCCGCCACCUCGCCAGGCCCCGGGAUGCAGCCACACAGGACGCCGUCCAGCUCCAAGAAGGUGACGUUCGGGCUGAGCAGGAACACGACGGCAGAAUUCAAGAAGAUGGACAAGAGCAUCUUGGUCAGUCCCACGGGCCCCUCCAGGGUGGCCUUCAACCCCGAGCAGAGACCCCUCCACGGGGUGCUGAAGACCCCCAGCAGCUCGCCGGCCAGCACACCCCUGGGCACCAAGAAGCCGCUGGCCAGCACGCCAAAGAGGAGGCCGACGGCUGUAGACUUCUUCUAGGGUAGUCAGUCCUUUCACAGACUGCUUUUAUACAGAGUAUUCUAUAAAUUAUAACGUUUUAAA